AUGACUCAGGAGUGUCCAAGUCUGGAGCUCAUUCAGUUUAUGCUCAACCAAAUGAGUCCAGAUAAUGCAAUAUCUGUAAGUAUAAAUGGUAUUAAAGAAAAUUCAGAGCCUCCAGGAGUUAUUUUUCUAUAUUUAAAUAAAAUUUACCAAUUUAUGGACAAACAGAAACCAGAAGAUGUUGUUUUCCUUUGCUUGAAGGCAGCAUCAAACUUUCAUCCGAAAAUUCACAGACGCUCCGCAACAAUUUUGUCGAAAUUGUUUGAAAGUUCCCCACAGUUACUUUCAAAGUUCUCAGAACAGAUAUCAAAACACAAAAAUUUAGAUUUUUUACAAUAUCUCGUCUCAAAAAUCAUUAAAACUCUUCCUUCUUUACGCGGCCUGAAAAAUUUAGUACGAAAAACAACAGAACGCACGAUAAAUGAAAUAGAUGUUUCAACAGUCCCAAUAUACAUGCAAAAAUCCACGAUCGAUUUCAUGGCAAGUUGCGUAAAUGGAAAUUUUCUUGAAUAUACAGACUCUUUGACCAUUUUCAAAAAAAUUCUCGAUUUCUCUCCAGAAGUUAAUUACAAUCUCUUCAAAGUUAUCCAUAUAUUUUAUCCAUAUUUCUUUAAUGAAGUUUCCAUUACAGAUAAAAUAAUUCAACGUGUUGGCAACAACAUGAAUGUCAUGAUUAUACUGGUUAGAUUAGAGUACGACAUUUAUAUGUACAAUUCAGCCAUUGAAAAAUUUCCAUCAAGUAAAUUUCCAGAAAAUUUUCCUCGUCCACGCCUUGUUGCCGGCAAAUUCGCCAAAGAAAUCAUCAAAACACUACUCGAUGAGCUCUUUUUCAUCAGAGAUCCAAGGUAUCAAGCAUAUCAAUCAAUAUCUCUUGAUAUCUUCAAAGUUUCCGGCGUUAACCCCGGCGAUGUUAUUCCACUGAUUGCAGAACAGUACUCUAUGCUCAUGGAUGACGAUAAAAACCUUACUACAAUACAGGCAAUCAUGUUAUUGACUUCUGUCGGCUCCCACAGGUUCAAUACUGACCCAGAAACGGAAAAAGGCAUCCAGGAGUUUUGUAAACUAGCGUUAGAUGAUCUUUUACUAUCGAUGAAAGAUGGAAAGAAACGAAAUAUCAUGACAGCGUCAUAUGUUGCACUUUGCUACGUACUGAGGAGUUACGGAACAUCAACAAUGUGGAACCAUAUCAUCAGACAUAUCGCAGAUGAAGUAGAUUUCCCUAGAGUCGACACAUUUCGGGCGCAGUUGAUUUACGAGGCCAUUGAAAAAUUCCAUUGUAAAUGUUUCAAUAGGCAGGCUGUAAAUUUUAUCAUGCAGAAGAUCCACAGUAAAAGAGGUCACUCGGAUGAGAGACAAUUACUGGCUUCUGAGAUAGAAGCGAUCGUAACAUCAGGGGAUAUCAAUACUUCGAAGAUAUUAGAAUUGAUUCAUUACCAUUGCAUUAGCUCUGCAAGCCCUUGGUUGCAUAGUUUAUCUGCAAGUAUAUUAUCCCAAGGUGACCCAUCAAAGCUGAUCGGUAAAACAACAUCGAAUUUCAAUGUAUUCUUUCCUCACUCGAACGUUCCUUUGAUUUCCGCAUUUCGCUUAAUGUGCGGUUUAAUGCCGUCAAUAAACAAAAUGCAGUUCGACACAUUAACGUCAAAAAGGGCGUUAUCGGAUGUUUUGACAUCGGCAUACGAAGGAAACUUCUUUUGGGCGGUAAGAUUCAUCUUAUUUACUCUCAGAAGAUUCGGUGAUCAAGUAAUCUCACAUAUACCUGGUCUAUGCAACGAAAUAGACAAUAUGGCAUUCAGAAAAGAGGCUUUCGUGCCUCUUUGUAUUACGCCGUUAGCGGUGGCUAUUCAAUUUUUGUAUCCAAAAGUGCCAGAAGUUGGUCGAAAAGGUGACAUCGCAAUUCGUCGGUACGAAGAGAGAUACGACAAAGGAUGGACAUGCGAACCUGACAAGAUCAACUACCACCUCGUGGCAUUGACAGAAUUGAUUCUUUGCGGCGCAAAAAGGUCUGAUGGAACAACAUUUGAAGAUUCUGUCGACCAGAUCUGCCAAAGCUUGUUCUGGACAGUCGAAUUGCAGAAUACUACGAUUGAUUAUGCAGUUGGAAUGAUUGACGCGGUUUUUGUCAAAGGUCUCAAAUUAAGUAAACCAAUGAUGCUGGUUUUAGCUCUGGCUCACUCAAAACAGGAGUUUAAAAAGCAUAUUGAUGAUGUCUACGGAAAAAUUUUGUUUGAAUAA